AUGGAUCAAGAUUCACCAAUCCAACGUCAGUUGAGGCUUAUUGGGAGAAAGGCGGCAAAGGCCAAGAGAGGGAGCACUUCGAACACUGAAUGUGCAAAUUUUUUGGAGCAAAUUGCUAUCCACGGCGCACUAAGAAUUGACAAAGACUUGAAAAGAGAUAAAGCUAACAAGGCACGAUAUGAAGCAUAUGCAACAGAAAGGCAAUAG